AAUACCGGGCAGCGGGGAAGCAGCACAGAACUGUCUCUCUGAACUGAGCAGCAACGCUCUGCCUCCACAGCUAUGGCGCCCACUGUUUUUGGACAAGCGAGCAAUCCUAAGCAACACCUGGCUCCGGCUCAUAAGCUGAGAAAGCCGAUGGUGGAGAAGCUGCGCAGAGACCGCAUCAACACCUGCAUCGAGCAGCUGAAGUCUCUGCUGGGUCCCGAGUUCGUCAGGCAGCAGCCCGACUCCAAGCAGGAGAAGGCGGACAUCUUGGAGAUGGCGGUGUGCUAUCUGAGAGCCUGGCAGCUUCACAAGCAGCAGCAGAAGGCCGGCGCGGCCUCCGGCCCGGCGGCGGGCGGCGACGGCUACUCCCGCUGCGUGCAGGAGGCCGUCAGCUUCCUGUCGCACUGCGAGGGCCAGACUCAGGCCCACCGGCGGCUGCUCAGCCACUUCCAGGGCCUGCGGGCGUCCGGCGCCGCUCCCCGCGGCCUCUCCCCUCCGGCUUCUCCGCUGCGCCGCGUCACCUCCGGCAAAGGUGCCGGCCAGGCCGGCGGUGCGCUGUGGAGGCCCUGGUAGGAUGGAGGCAGCAUCUCCUCCUCGCCGAGAAGAGGAGAACACGUCACAGACACAACGCUGAGGACUCAUUGGAGUCUGUUUCCUUUUCGCUUUGGCUGAAGAUUCGAUAUCGUUGUUCUAGCACAGCGAAAUGGGCACAAUGUGCCAGUAUUCCUUUGGAAGGAAGUGUCAUAUCAGGUUUUACUGAACAUGUACACGUUAUACGCUUUGAAAUUGUGCUGACUCGUGUUCCCGUGGGGGAAAAAUACCUUUGUUUGUUUUACAAACGUCACAGAAUUGUCUUGUUGUAACACCCACAUGGGGUGGAAACUGUUAUGUGUCUGAGACACUUUGAUUUAUGUGUUUUAACUACUGUGUAUCUCGGGUACCAAGUAUCACCGACUGACACAUUUCAUCAGCUGGGUGACGAUGAACCAACAACAUCGCUGAAUUGGAUCCCAUGGAUUCACUUUUACUGUAAAUCGCAUUAUGAUUGUACUUAAUUAUGACUCUAUGUAGCCAUUAUUUGGUAUGUGUGAAGGUGUGUUGUGUCAUUUUCAUAAUAGAUGUUUUUCUCAUCUUCAAGUCUAUACCUUUUAUAAAGGCAUGUUACGUUGACAUCUAUCUUUACUAAAAGAAUCUGUUGAUCGCUUCCUUGAGAAGUUUGCUUUUCAACUUGAAAAAUAAAUGGAAAACUUCACGUGAAGUUUUACAAACAUAAACAAAA